GGUUAGGACUUGUUGAUAGGAAUGAUUUGUUGAUCUGGGGUAUAUAGACUGAAGCAAGUGGCCACAGCUCCUUAUUGCGUUUUUUUUUUCCUUUGAGCGUGGGAAAAGAAAUUUGGCUGUAUAUCAGUGGCGUUACUUUUCCAUUUCCCCUUUACGCACCGAUAGCCAAACAUGCAUCACCCACGCCAUGGGCUGUAUAGGAAAAUCCACUGGGUCGAAGGUUCUGCUGAUCGCCGGGGAUUUUAAGUUCAUAUAUAUUUGUAUGCAGCUUGUCACACUAUGCAGACGUCAUCUCCACAGGAUUUAGAUCAGCUUUGGUUAUGUUAUUUCUCCCUGGCUCCUAUCGCGCCCAGCCGCCUGUGUUGUGAUUGUGGAAUACGGUGAAGAAAAUGUGUUUUGAAAACGUUAUCCGGCACGUCGGCCGUUACUUGGAAUACAACUUUGCAUUAAAUUAGCCUGCUGCAUCAAUGUGUAACUCUCCUACGGUUGCGUAUUUCUUUCCAUCUCCCAAUUUGUGACUGUUGAUCAGUCACCGCAGGGUCGCUGUCGCCUUCUUGCAAACUUGGAGUUCGUUUUCGCCCGGGCUGCUGUGCCUUCACUCGAGUGGUGAUCUUCGUAGGAGGCGCCUGUACAUUUGCUUGACUGCUGCCGGCGCACAUGCAGAGGCGCCCCUUACGGCUACCCAAACAGCGACUUCUGAUAGAGCAACCUCGUCUGGCAGAAGGAGGAGAAAAACGGAGGGCGAACGGAGUGGGUGAACAUGCUGUGAGGACGCUGCAGCCGGUAUUGGACAUUAACGAGGCGAUGCUACUGAACAUGUCACAGACAAUGAACAAAAACAUCACUGUGCAGGUAUGAAUAUUGCUCUGAAAUCUCGGUCCGCGUGAGUUUGGCAUAGCUCUUCAUCAAGACUAUGGUUAUUGAGGAAUGUAUGGAAUUACGCAUGAACUGAUCUCAUUUUUCCAUCAUGUCCAAGAAUUUUCCGAGUGAUGAUGACAGCUGUUUUAAUAUCGCAAUUAUCAUGUAGCAUUUGGACAAAAAUGGAAACCCGCUCAUAAAAAUCUAUAUAUAUUUGACAUUUGACACAACGGACCACUUAGCCGCCACCAUGGGACUGUGACCCGGGCUGCGAGCUCUGAGAGGCGGCUGUUUGUGUAGUCUGUGCUCCGUGUGCAGACUGGACCUGAGCAGUUGUGACAUUUUGAGCCAUGGCUGCUGCUAUCGCAAGUGGGCUGAUCAGACAGAAGAGACAGGCACGGGAGCAGCAUUUAGAUCGGCCCUCGACCAACCGACGGAGGAAGAGCCCCAGCAAGAACAAGGGGCUCUGCAAUGGGAACCUGGUCGACAUCUUCUCUAAAGUGCGCAUCUUCGGCCUCAGGAAGCGGAGACUACGGAGACAAGAUCCCCAGCUCAAGGGUAUAGUGACCAGGUUAUAUUGCAGGCAGGGAUACUACUUGCAAAUGAACCCCGAUGGCUCUCUUGAUGGGACCAAGGAUGACAGCAGUAAUUCUUCUUUAUUCAACCUUAUUCCUGUGGGCCUCAGAGUUGUCGCCAUUCAGUCCGUGAAGACAGGGUUAUACAUCGCCAUGAACGGGGAGGGCCAUCUGUACACAUCAGAACUCUUUACAGCAGAGUGCAAGUUCAAAGAGUCGGUGUUUGAGAACUACUAUGUGAUCUACUCGUCCAUGUUGUACAGACAACAGGAGUCAGGAAGAGCUUGGUUCCUAGGGCUCAAUAAGGAGGGCCAAGCCAUGAAGGGGAACCGAGUGAAAAAAACAAAACCAGCUGCUCACUUCCUGCCCAAGCCAUUAGAAGUUGCCAUGUACAGAGAGCCAUCGUUGCAUGAUGUUGGAGAGACAGUGCCCAAGGCGGCAGUACCUCCCAGUAAAAGCACAAGUGAGCCAGCGGUGAUGAACGGAGGUAAACCUGUCAGCAAGCCCGACAAGCCCACCACAUAGCCACACUUGACCAGUGCCCAGUGUGUGUGUGUGUGUGUGGCGGGGGGGGGGGGGGGGGGUUUGCCGACUGGACUCCAGACCCUCUUCCUCCUUUGGAUCAGAUCCAGACGAACCUCCCUUCCUUUCCUCUCUUGCUCCUCCUCCCUCUUUCUCUGCCUCGUCCUCCCUUUCUCCAGCUGUCUCAACACAGGUGGAUGGAUUCUGAGGCGGCUGAGUUUCUCCAGCACAGGAAAGAAGAGGACCUCUGAUCAUGGAAUGCCUUUAGAUUCCUCUGAAACUGUGAGAAGUCAUGUGAAUAACGCUUUUCACAACCACGCUCAUGGUACUUUGCUUGCUGGUGGUUCAUUCAAGAAACCUUCUCCCUCUCCAUAAUGCCCUUGCAGCAGAGUCUGUGUACCUUCAGAUCUAUUUUCUAUACCACAGUUCACCAGCUAUGUUCUGGGAUAGAGACUGUAUAGAUAGAGUAAAUAUUUGGACGUCGUCCUCUAUUUUUUACGAGUAUGUUCCCCUCUCCCUCUCUUUCUAUCUCUACUCACACACUUUUCUCUUUGUCAAGUAACCUAGAAAAGAUAAAAACAUUUUGCAAGGGAGUUGUGUGAUUUUCUAAGAAACACAUUCACACAGACGUGGCAUAAAAAACAAACAAUCCAACUUUUCUUCUUGCCUACAACAUGCACACACACUUACAGACAUACAGAGUUUCUGGGGGAAAAUUUAAGAUGUGGCUUUUCACAGCCAAUAAAAACACACUGGAAGCUGGCAGAUAGCUCCUGCAAUCAUAGUUGAUGAAGUGCUAAUUAUAGCCACUGUAAUCAAUGCAAGGAGCUCCCUACACACAUACAAACACACACACACACACACACGUAUAAACAGAUGUGUGUGUGGGUGGGAGAGCGCUGUAAGGAAUGGUGUAUACAUAUCACUAUCUAAGUCCCACCAGCGGUUCAGUCCGCCUUCUCUGGUAAAUAGAAAAUCUGAAGUCUAUUUUUCUUUAAUCUUAUUUCAGAGCGUGGGCUCUAGGAAUAUCUCUAGGCCUUGUAGGCCUCUGUCCCUCACUCACUGACUUCUUUGGACGACAAGGCAAGACUUGUGGCUUUGACCCAGAUGGUCUAUAACUGCAGCACUGGCAGCCAUCUUAUUGCAGCGUCUACUUAAAGCCAGAAAACAACAUGGCUGAAAACCAGUAGGCGACAUUUAUCCUGGCUGCAUCCCUAUUUGGUUCAGCAAAUUAAAGCAUGGGCAAGGUUAAUAUUGUGUUCACUCUUCUUGCAGCAGUUAUACAAGAGAUGGCUUAUAUUGUAACAUUUUGACUGUAUAAAACUUAGGGAAAAUGACUAUUAAAAUAACUUUUUAAAUGAGUAGAUAUUAUUAUUAUUAUUAUUAUUAUUAUUAUGAACGGAUUUGUCUCCUAGCUCAGCAUGCAGAGUCCAGUACUGAUCAUCUUGGCCUAUCACGUGCCUGUUUGGACCUUGAUUCCCGGCAUGCAAAAACAGGUUCCCAGUCCCCACUGGGCCAAAGGUGCCUCACCAACACGAUACAUCCACAUAGAGGACACGUAGCAUUAUCCACAGAAAAACCACACUCAGAUGUAUUCAUUCUGAAAUGACCAAAGCCUUUUUUCAUCCCAAGAAGAACUGAUUCUUUAAAAAAAAAAGAAAACAAAUCUGAUUCUCUCUCUGAUUCAAUUCAUCAAAGCUUUCACUGUGAUAGCAUUUGUUCUGUCCGAAAGAAUCAACUCUGCUCAGACCCCCAAAGGUCUUGUCUGAUGUCAUUUUGGAAUGGUACGUAUACCUUGAAUUAAUCACAUGCAUGUCUUUUCUAUAAGGAACAAGGUAUGGAUAUCAAUCGUUCUUCACUCUGUGUAAGCUGAAGAGCACUGAAGUUCGGUGUGGGAGUUGAAUGGGCAUGUUGUAGGCUACAGCACACACACAGCUACUGCACUUUCUGUUUUGCAUUUUCAUUAUGACUGUUAGCAGUUUAUCAAAGCUCUACCUGAUCAAUCAAUUUAUAAAGUUUGUCUUGCUUUAAUGAUUUUUCCUAAUAGUUUUGUUGGAUAAGAUUUAGAAUAGUAAGUAGAUUGUGGCUGCUGUGUGCUGCUAAAACUGCAGCUAUAUUAAAAGAUUUAUUUGGUGAAUAUCAUUUUCUGAGUUUAUUGGGAUUACACAUGACCAUUUCUUAUUACAGCACAUCAAAGUACAUUAGAAUUCAAUAUUUGUCUGUACAAAGCUGUUAAUGCUAUAACAAAAAUGGCAUACUAUACACUCACCCACACACACACACAGGAGCUGGAAACCACUGUAGUUGUAUUUGGGGCUGAUGUUCUGUCCUCAUUACACCUUAUCAUCCUACACUCUUACAAACUCUACAUGCUGGGCUGGCUGCUGCUCCAGCCCUGCAGACUAGUUAACUGGCUCCUCCAAGGCUGACUUUAUUUUUGUAAAUGACCGGUGUGUAAAUGUACAUGUCUGUUUGGAUCUCUGUAGCCACCGUGUUUUGUUUUUUUGUUCUCAUUUUCUCUCGUAUACGGGUCGUGUGUGAUGUCGUCUCCUGAUCCCGAUCACGUUUGCAUUGCACCCCCUCUCUUCAGAUGUGUUACAAGAAUAUUCUAGUAAACUUAGUUUCUUUGUUGCUUCUGUUUUCAACCUCUUAUUUUGUAUGUUGUCCCAUCUGUUGCAUGGGGAGAGGAUGGAACUGAUGAACUGCAUGUAGUAGGCUAUGUCUAUCAAGAACUGUUGGUAUGUACCGCUAAUUUUACAUACAUAUAUGCAACGAGUUUGUCUACACUAUACAGUUUGUGUUUGUUGUAUACGCAUAUACAACAUAUUGAAUAAAAUAUUUAUAUAAAGGUGUACUGUAAUGUCAGUAACAUACUUAAUGCAAUAUAGUGUGCAGUAUAUUAUUGCACCUGUCAUUUUUGAUGGGACAAAGAAAACAGAGGGGUUGGCUAGUUUAAGCAUGAAAAAGGCCAAAGUAGAAUUUACAUUAAAUUUUCUUUGUGACUUCUUAUCUGUCCUCUUUUUCUUAAGUGGUGACUGAGCUCUUGUGUCAAUGCAGCUCUCAUCCCCUGAUGCCACCUUUUGAAGUGACAUGGACAUCCAGCAUGCCACAACUGAACUAUGUAUGCCCUCUCUUUGUUUCCUCCACUUAGAAUUUAACCUUAUCACUAGUAUGAGUUGAGUGAGAAACGUCCAUCACGGACCUUCAGUACAGUGUGGGUUUCAUGACAGAUCGUUUGGUUUGAUUUUCCGGUGGAGAAGAAUAGGCACUAUUAAAAUGAUUUAUUUUCAAAAAUAUAUAUAUAUAUAUACCAUUGCAAGUAUGCCCAUUGGAGUUAUGUCAUGUUAUAACAAAUUUGUAACCAUGUAUGAUUAAGGUCUUCGCAUUGUUUUCCAUGCAAAAUGUUGUGUCAUGCGGCACAUUUAAUGUUUUAUUAUUAAAAAGAAAUAAAAACCUCAAACAGUAA